UGCUCACUACUGGAUAAUUUAUCACUUCCGUCUAGAAAAGCGCGUUUAGUUCAAUUUUGACUUGUCACCGUUCAGCACCGAACGUUAUAGGUCGUUCGGUGAAACAUAAUUAGUAUUAUUGGCAGUGAUCUGUGUUUGUUCCUAAACAAAUACUGCAACUACGUAGUUAUAAGGUAAUUAAAAUAUAAGGAUGAAGUGGUCAUUAACUGUAGCAAUAUGCCUUUUGAGUUUGUAUGGAUCCGAAGCUUGGGCUACCCAGCGACAUCUGGAAGAAGACCAAGAGAACGAAAUCUCUUCCCGGAGAACUCACCACAAGAAGGCGGGUCCACCCGAUCAUAAUAAACUGGUUGAGAUGGCACGAUAUGUUAUGCAUAAUUGUGAUUGGGCGUCUAUCGCUACAAUAUCAACGCAACCGGCUAUCUCGGGCUUUCCUUUCACAAAUGUUAAAUCCAUAGUGGACGGUUCUAUGGCAAAUUCUACCGGCAUGCCGUACUUUUAUAUGUCACCGUUGGACUUUACUGCACGCGAUUUAGCGAAAAACACACGUGCGACAGUGCUCGUGUCCCUCGAAGAGACGCGAUACUGCGAGAGCCAGAAGUGGGACCCUGAGGACCCGCGCUGCACCAGGCUCAUGCUGUCAGGAAAAAUGAAGAAGGUCAAAGAAGGUACACCGGAAUACACAUUCGCUAAAGCUGCGUUAUUUGAAAGGCAUCCAGCUAUGGCUCAUUUUCCCCCUGACCACAACUGGUUCGUGGCUAAGAUGAAGAUAGCUCAAAUAGCAAUGGUGGACUGGUUCGGCGGCGCUAAAUACGUCUCCGUGAAAGAUUAUCUCGCAUACAACUACACCGGCGAGGAAGUAUUGCACUACUCCAAUCGUUUGCACUUAUAAUCACAUUUUUAUUAUAUGUACAGUCGAGGACAUUUAUUUCAUAUCCUCCUACGAUAAAAUGUCAUCUGAGGCAUCGGUAAAUUACGUCAAAAACUACAUACAUACUUGCUAAAUUCUCUUAUGAUGAAAGAUGGUUGUACGAUAUUUGAUCCUAAGUGGGAAGUGUAUUUAAUUCUUUUACUGUACCGUAAUGUAAGUACAUUACAACUAAAUCUUAAGACAAAGUGAUAGCGUAAAAGAUAUUUUUGCUAAUAUAUGCUCCUAGUAUUUUUAAUACCCAAAUGAGCAAGUCAAUGACUAGAGUGAGAACCCAUUCGCAAUGACCCAGAAGUCAUGGAUACCUACAAUAAAAAAUAAGAAGACAGUUCACGGAAAAAAGCAGUAAGUAGAAAGAAGAAACAGACAAAAACUUUUCUCGUCAGAAGAAAACUCUGUUGUCGUAUUUAAUUCUAUCACUUCAUGUGAUUUCAAUUGAAAUAAUGUUUAUGAUUCCAUUUAAAUAAGCGAAGACGAGUAUAGAGUAAUAGUCAAACCAUUUCUCUUAAAACAUGGGUGAAGGUAUGAUCUUUGUCCCAUGAAAAUAUUAAACGUUAUUUGUGAUAAGUUUUUUUAUUAUACAAGCAAUAAAUACAUAUUUACAAAGUAA